CACGGCCAUGCUAUGCGGAUCGUAUCCUUGUAGAAGACGCAUUUGUUCGAGGGCGCGACACCAUUACACCCCGACAUGGCUUCGACCUCUUGUGCAGAGUAAACGAAAACCCACAAGACAGACUUGCAACGAAGCUGCAUGCUUAUAACGUUACCAUCAAAUGAUGGGUGAUUCAGUUGCUGAAGAAGUGAAGAAAUCGCAUGAAAUGUUUGCGGCUUCUACAAUGGAGCGUUUAGAUAAUCUAAAUUAUGACAGUUGGAUUAGUUGGAAAAUUAACAUCCAAUUAAUCCUCAGUUUACAUGAUUUGGACUUAGCUCUUAGGGAAGACAAACCUGCUGAGCCUAUGGAUACAAGCUCAGCUGAAGAAAAGGCGAAAUAUGCCAAAUGGGAGUCGAGUAAUUACUUAAGCCUUUUGCUUAUGAAGCUCAAUAUGGCUGAUCACAUUUAUUCAUUUUUGUCAUAUACAACUAAAUCUGACAAUGCUAAACAAAUUUUUGCUGCACUGAAAGACAUGAUAAUGAAUGAUGAAAGGAUUCGUGCCCCUUCCAUGUUAAAGGAGUUAGUGACAAUGAAGUAUGAUGGCCAAGGUGAUGUUUGCCAACACCUUAACAAAAUGGCUGGUCUUGCUAGUCGAUUGCGAGAUGUGGAUGUUGUUCUUCCUGAAUUUUUGAUUAAUCAACUAGCCCUUGAUUCUCUCCCUUCACAGUUUGGUCCUGUUCGAAUGGCAUAUAUUAUGCCAACGGAGAAAUGGGGAUUGAAUGAACUUAUAAGUAGAUGCAGAGACCAUGAGAAAUUAAUUUCUGUGCCUGGUAAAAGAGGGAGGACAGAAGAAAAUGGGAAUGGGAGUGGCAAUGGGAAGGAUAGUAAUUAUCAGCAAGGAAAUGGAGCAAAGAAAAGGAGGAAUGUUAAAUGUUUUUCUUGUGGGAAGAAGGGGCACUUGGCUAAGAAUUGUAGGCAAGCCUCCAAUUGAAUUAUGGGCUUAGAAUGAAGGGUUGGACUUGAUCUGAAUAAAAUGUCACUGAUUAUUUCUUUCGCUUUCGUAUUGAGGAUUAUCAAGUGUUUUGGACAUCAAAAGAAGGGGAAGUUCACUGUAUUAUCAUGUAAGGCUAGUACUAAGCAUCAAAAUUCAAUGUAUUGCUGCUUAGUUUCUACCUUGUUCCAUCUUCUAUAAUGGGAUUUAUAAGUUGAUAAUUUUGUGAUGAGUUUUGACUUGAGUCUGCCCAUUAUUGAAUAGUUUCAUGAAAUUUCAAGUGGAAGAUCAUGUUACUCAACUUGAUCCCAUGCUCUGAAAUUUGUCAUUAGGGGGAUGUAUGAUAUGUAUAUAAAGGGUAAAUUACAAGUUGGUCUUUGAGAUUUAUCAAAUUUCAUAAUUUAAUCCUUUUAUUUUCAAUUUAAAAUAAUUUAGGCUUUGAA